CUUCAUCAGGUCCAGACUGAUGACUCAGUUGUUAUUCACACCAAACAAAAAUAUCGUGUUAAAUCUUGAAUGCCAAACGGAACAAAUUCCUGUGGAAACUACAGAGCACGCCGAGUAAAAGUUCAAAGAAUGUCAUCAUCCAGUGUCCUGGGCUCUUUGCAGCAGAAGCAUUUCGAGUGUUCGAUCUGCCUGAACAUCUUCAACGACCCGGUCACUACACCAUGUGGCCACAGCUUCUGUAAAACCUGCCUCAGUAAUCACUGGGAUAGAAGUGAGCUCUGCCACUGCCCGACAUGCGAUAAAAGGUUCUUCGUGAGGCCUGAGAUCUCCACGACCACAAUAAUCGAGGAGAUUUCAACCCAAAUAAAGAAAAGGAGGGUUGAGGUACCAGAAAACAUGGACGGACCAUGGAAGGUAAAAUGCGACGUCUGCACAGAAAUGAUAUUAGAGGCGGUGAAAACGUGCCCGGUGUGUCAGACCUCGUACUGUGAAAUCCACCUGGAGCCUCACCACAGAGUUCCCACACUGACCAGACACAAACUCAUCGAUCCGGUGGAGAACAUACAGGAGAGGAUUUGUGAGAAGCAUGAAAGGAUCCUGGAGAUGUACUGCAGGGAUGAGGAGGUGUGUAUCUGUCUGCUGUGCAAUGAGACAGACCAUAAACACCACCAGACUGUGCCGACUGAAGAGGAAGGAGCCAGGCAGAAGGAAAACAUGAAGUCCAGAAUGACCGAGAUCAACACGAUGAUCGAGUCGAGAACAGUAAAAAUACAACAGGUGACGGAUUCAUCUGUCACGAGCACAGAGAAGGCGAAUAAAGAGAUCAGCGACAGUGAAGCACUCUUCAACAGGCUGAUGAGUCAAAUUCGAGACAUACAAGCUCAAGUUAAAUUAUACAUUGAGCAGAAACUUAGAAAAUCUCAAGAAAAUGAUGGAGCAACGAUUAAAGAGCUGCAGGAAGAAAUCACAGAACUGCAGAGAAAGCACUCAGAGCUAGAGGAGCUUUUAGAAAGUGACGAUUACCUACAUCUGUUGCAGACUCUGCCGGCCCUGAACUCCUCAGACACUAAGGACUGGUCUGAGGUCCAGGUCUACUCAGAUGUGUGUCUGCAUACAGUCAGACAGGCCAUGUCUGCACUAGUGAGCAACUUUCACACAGAACUGAAAACUCUGACAAGGACAGAAAUUACCAAGAUGAGACAAUAUAAAGAGUCAGUCACCUUUGACGCCUCCGUCGCUGGAUCCAAACUUAUAGUUUACGAAUCGGGAAAACGUUUGAAGUGCCACAAAUAUGCCAUAAAUCCAGAACCGUCUGAGAACAGAUUUGGCCUCCCAAUGGUUUUAGGAACAGAGGGUUUCACCUCUGGGCGCCACUACUGGGAAGUCGAAGUGGGCCUCAGAUCAGAUUGGCAUGUUGGUGUUGCCAAGGAGACAGUUGGCAGAAAAGGGCAGCUUAUUGUGAAAAUGGAAAAUGGAUUCUACGCUCUAAGCAAGAGCGGUCUUGAUUACGAUGUUUCCACCACACGACGCAAGAUCCUCAACUUGUGUCCCAGGCCGAGACGCAUAGGGGUUUAUCUGGACUAUGAGGGAGGCAGGGUCUCUUUUUAUGACGUGGAUCAGGACUCACAUAUUUACUCUUUCAGACAACAGAGUUUUACAGACAAACUCUUCCCGUACUUUUACCUGUACAGCGGCGCAAAGAAAUCCGAUCCUUUGGCUAUUGCUACAAUAUAUGAAAGAGAUUAUUUCAAAUAUUUAUUUCUACCCAAGCAGCAGGCUCCAGUGGUGGAAAGUGAAGCCAGUGUGGAAAAGACACAACCUGCAGCUGUUUGAAUGAGGGGAUGAGAGAGCUAGUCCACAUAGAUAUACAUGUUGAAAUAGCCAAAAAUAAACAUGUUUACAGCCUGGUAAAAAAAAAAAAA